AUGUCUGGAAUGUGUGCUAAAUGUGCUCAACCAUUCACGGCAGGAAGUAUUCUGACCGCGUUGGACAAAAAGUGGCAUCCGGACUGCUUCCUGUGCACCAUUUGCAAGGGUCGAUUGGCAAACAAGUCGUUCCAUGUGAAAGACGAUAGUCCCUACUGUACGGACUGUUGGAAAGAACAUUUUCAACCCCGAUGUGCUACAUGCAAACAAAUUAUUGAUCCGUGCGAACAAUACAUGACCUACAAUGACAACGCCUAUCACAAAGGCUGUUUCACCUGUGCUUCGUGUCAUCAAAGUUUGGCCGGGAAACAAUUUUGUAUCAAAGAUAACGGCUAUUAUUGCCCAGAGCAUGUCUAA